AUGAUAGCUCUCCGUCAAAGAGGCAUCCGAGCAACGGGCACUGUGCGCGACAACAGGCUGAAGAAGUGUCCCCUGCCUGACAACAAAACUGCUGAAAAGGCGCCCAGGGGACAGCAUUGGUACCAAUCCACUAACGGGGUGCUGGCCGUGAAGUGGAGAGACAACAGGGCAGUGACAGUGGUCACAAAUCACUCGGGCAUCAGCCCACUCAAAGACGUGCAGCGCUGGUCGGGUGACGAAAAGAAAAAGGUGACGGUCAAGCAGCCGAACCUCAUAUACGAAUAUAACCAGUACAUGGGUGGCGUAGACCUAGUGGACGGAGCGGUGGCGGCUUACAGGCCUGUGAUCCGGUGGAAGGAAUGGCUUGAGAUGAUGUCUCGCUUCAACAGGUGA